AAGUUGUGUCAAGUCAUGUCCCAGUUACAGAAUAUCCUGAAAGAGGGACAACCAAGAAAAAUGUUUUACAAGACGACACUCCUCAUUCUCUUCGCUGUGGCUGUCUCCGGGUAUGGAAAAGGAGGCAAAUUCAGACUCUGCGCCCGCUUCUGCCCACUGAGAGAAGAGUUACCCGUCUGUGGAUCGAACGGGAAAACGUACCAGAGUCGUUGUCACCUGGAUAAUGAAAACUGCAGAGAUGAAUCCAUUACUUUUGUGCAUCAUGGGUCUUGUGAACCUCACCAGCCUUGCCCAGGGGUCUGUCCCACAGUGUACGACCCUGUGUGUGGAACGGACGGCAAGACAUACUCUAACGUCUGCGACCUUGUGGAGGCGGCGAGGUGCGAGGGUCGGGCCGUCUCCGUUGACCACGAUGGGGCCUGUGGCAGCAAGACCUCGCCUAUCAAGAAGGGAUAUUAACAUGGCCUAUUUACGUCACAGAAUACUGAAAUAUACAGGAUUUUGUUGGACUUGGGUAUCUGUGGUUCUGUGUAGGUCCAAAUGACGAACGUCGGUGUUAUUUGUGUAAAAGAGAAUUUAUGUAUUACUAAGUAAGUUGUAACUGGGGAUGUGUGAUCAUUUAUGAAAAUAUGAUAAGUGGCUUAAAAAAAACACUUGUUUGUCUUUUGUUUUGUUUUUUGCUUUUUACCAUUCUUGUUAUUUACAUGUAUUAUUUUUGCAGUCUUUCGUGUGUGUACUUGUGUGUGGGGAAAUCCAUUGAGUAAAAAAGAUAAAUAAAUAAAACAAAACUGUAAUAGUAUAGAAUAGUAUUUAAGGAACACGUUUUGUAGUACCAACUUAUGGUAUAUCAAUGGAAUAAAAAUGAUACCAGAUCA